CUUCACCAUCACUCAAAACCCAAAACAAAUUCAUCCAUAAUUUCUUUCUUCCGAGCAUUUUAGUGAUGGAGUCAACUGGAAAGGUGAAGAAGGGAGCCGCAGGAAGGAAAGCCGGCGGUCCAAGGAAGAAGGCGGUCACCCGUUCAGUCAAAGCCGGCCUUCAGUUCCCGGUCGGUAGAAUCGGCCGGUUUUUGAAGAAAGGUCGUUAUGCUCAACGUGUUGGAUCCGGUGCACCCGUCUACCUUGCUGCUGUCCUCGAGUACCUAGCAGCAGAAGUGUUGGAGUUGGCUGGGAAUGCGGCAAGGGACAACAAGAAGAACAGAAUAAUCCCGAGACAUGUGUUGUUAGCCAUUAGGAAUGAUGAGGAGCUUGGAAAGCUUUUGGCUGGAGUUACGAUUGCUCACGGUGGUGUUUUGCCUAACAUUAACCCGAUUCUUUUGCCCAAGAAGACUGCCGCUAAAGAACCUAAGUCUCCAUCAAAAGCUACUAAAUCUCCCAAGAAAGCAAAGUAGAUUAGUUAGAUAUGUUUGUCUUUUGUCUUUUGUUCGUCUGGUUUUAGAGUAGUUUAUAUGUUCAGAUGUGUUCAACCUCUAGAAGAAUGAAACGACUUGUUUUUUAAUUUUGGGGUA